AGCCGCGGCUCCUCCCACGCUCAGUCUCUUCAACACAUCACCUCUACUGUCCGCAAAACGCACAUCGUCUUAUUAUGUUAUCCGUACAUCGUUCACCGACGCACCGUGCCUCGCUCACGGACGUCGCCGGGGGCCGGCGUCACAUCUCGGCAAUCUAAGCGAGCAUCGUAUCGGUCGUAUCAGCUAAGCGCCGCCAGGCAUGUCUACACGGGCCUCUGCCCACUUCUCAUAACCUCAACUUCCGUCAACUCGUUCUCACUCGCCUCUCUGCACUACAAUGCUCCGUCCUCUUCUCCGACAGAGCGCCCGCGCGCCGCGCCUCGCGCGCGCAGUGACUACGGCGCCCCGCGCCGCCGCCGUCACGCAGCACGCGACAACUGCCGGCCCGCCUCCGCCGCCCCCCGCUCCCGUGGUCAAGAAGGCCGAGGCGAAGCCGCCAGCGACGUUCCACGUCGCGGGCGCGCAGCCCGUCGCCGUGUCCUCGUCGGGCGUGACGUUCCGCAUGGCCGACGGGCGCGAGGUGCUGGACGGCGUGAGCGGCGGCGCGGCCGUCGCGUGCUUGGGACACUCGAACCCCGACCUCGUGGCCGUCAUGGCGCGGCAGGCCGCGCAGAUGCCGUACGCGUACCACCAGGCGCUGGGGCACGAUGUGAGCGAGGAGCUGGCGCAGUUCCUCGUGGACCGUUCGGGGGGCGCGUUCGUCGCGGGCGCAUUCCUCAACUCUGGUUCCGAGGCCGUCGAGGCCAUUCUGAAGCUCGUGCGCCAGUACUGGAUCGAGGUGGGCGAGCCGCAGCGCAAGUACAUUAUUGCGCGCUCGCCGGCAUACCAUGGAAACACACUUGGCUCUCUCGGCACAGGAUACGUGCCCGGCCGGCGCAACUUGUACGACAACUACUUCUCGGACGCGUACCAACACGUGGACACGCCGCAGGCGCGCGACCGUCAGCCGGGCGAGGGCGACGCGGCGUACUCUGCGCGCCUGGCGGCGGAGCUGGACGCCAAGAUCGACGAGCUGGGCCCGGAGAACGUCAUGGCGUUCAUCGCCGAGCCUGUCGGCGGCACGGGGCCCGGCGUGACCCCGCCGCCGAAGGGAUACUUCCCGGCCAUCGAGAAGGUCGUGAAAAAGCACAACCUCAUCUUCAUCAUGGACGAGGUGAUGAGCGGCACGGGCCGCUCCGGCUCGCUCUUCGCGUUCGACGCCGUCGCAGAGGGCGUCAAGCCCGACGUCAUCUCCAUGGCCAAGGGCCUCGGCGGGGGGUACGUGACCAUCUCGGGCGUGUUGGUGGGCCAGCGGCUGGCGGACGUGAUCCGCCGCGCGGGUGUGUGGAAGAACUCGCACACGUACCAGAACCACCCGGUGAACUGCGCCGUGUCGCUCGCCGUGCUGAAGAAGAUCGAGGCGCAGAACCUGCUCGCGAACGUGCGUGCGCGCGGCACGCAGCUCCUCGAGGGCUUGCGCGCGGCGUUUGCGGACGACAAGCGCGUGUUCGAAGUGCGCGGGCAGGGGCUGUUCCUCGCCGUCGACUUUGAUGUGCCGGCGUCGCUGGCGCCGCGGUUCGGCGCGCGCGUCAAGGACCGCGCGAUGAAGAACGGGCUUAUGGCGCUCGCCGGCGUCGGCACCGUCGACGGCGUUAAUGGCGACUGCAUCAUCCUCGCGCCCGCAUACACUAUCACGCCCGAGGAGGCGGACAAGAUGGUCGCGAUGGUCAAGAAGAGCGUCGACCAGUGCUUCGCCGAGCUCUAGACUCUGUACACAUACAUAGUCCGCAUGUACAGUAAAUGUGGUAAUGUUACGGCAAA